AUGAGUGUGGCUUCGCGCGCGCUGGCGCGUUUUCGCAUCAACACCAAUGGGUUGCAUUGGUCCAUCUUGGUGCUCUACUUUUUUACCUCCUUUCUCGAAUCCUUUCCCAUGACGGCCUUUGGGGACUGGCUGCAAAAUGACCUGCAAAUGCCAGUGGCAGACCAGUCAAACUUUUAUGCUUGCAUCUUUAUUCCCUGGACGCUCAAACCGUUGUAUGGCUGGAUAUCUGAGCGCCUGCCCAUUGCGGGUCGACGCCGCAAGCCCUACCUCAUUGCGUGCCUGGCGCUCUCCGCCGUGAGCUGGCUCAUCAUUUCCCACUUUGUGCAUACCACCAGUGGAGCCUAUGGCUUGGUCUUGAUGCGCACCACCACCAAUGCCUUUGCUGAACUGUUGCUGGGCCUCUCCCUCCUUGACUGUGCCCAGCGCAACAUGGCCAAUGCUGGACACUUGCAGGCAGCGGCCGCCACGGUGCGCAACCUGGCCACCCUGGUGGCCUUGUUGGUGGGCCUGCCCAUGUACCCGUGCCACGGUAGCCAGCCGCACAUCAAUUCACGCUCCAUUCUCAUGUUCAACGGGCUCGUGGGCAUUUGCGUGGCGUUUUUGGGCUUCUACGUGCCGGAUCCGCGCGUGGGCACCAAGGCGGACGCCACGCCCUUGAUGUUGAACAAAGCUGACCGGCCUCAGGAGGAGAGAAGUGUGAUCGAGGAUGAUUCAGACGCAAUUGCGUACUCAUCAGAUCUCACCAUCAAUGGUGGGCAUCCCUUGUCGGGGCGCGUGAAUGGACGCUUCCCCACAGUGGAGCUGAUCUUGCCCUCGCUGAUGCUGUUCUUCGUCUGGAGUGCGUGUCAGGACCUGAUGAACCAUGCGCGCUGGCUCAUCUUCCUUUACGUCGUCUUAGCCAUCAACGCUGUGGUGCUGGGCUUGGUGCUGUUGAAGCUGCGCCAGCGUACCGUCACGAUGCGUGGCGUGUUGGCGUCCGUGACCGGCAUAUGGCCGGCCGUGGUGCUAUUUGUCAUGAACGCAACCCCUACGGCGGCAGAUGCCCUGUACAGCUUUCAGUAUGCCGUGUGGCCCGAGCACGAAUGCUACAUUCAGACGCUGGAGAUCGUGUCCUCGUGCGUAGCUCUCCUAGCCUCGACGGCCUUCUACACCACGUUAUCGCGCAUGCAAGGCUCGCGUCUGGUGACGAUCUUCCUGGUGUGCAGUGGCCUCUCCUCGCUCGUCUCGUUGAUGUGGUCGCCCUGGAUAGGUGGCCAGAUUGCAGGCACGGAAGGCCACAGCCUGCUCUACGCCAUAGGCACGACAAUUGUCACUGAAGCCGUGGCCGAGCUGGCGCUUGUGGCCGGGUUGGUGCUGGCCACGCAGGCCUGUCCCGUGGACGAUGGCACCUCUGGAACCACCUACGCACUAUACAUUGCCUUUAUGGAUGUGGGUGACUCGGCCGCUGGCUGGAUCACGGCCCCCAUCACCAAGGCCCUUGGCAUUGCCUACGAUAAUUUUGCACGCUUGAAUACGCUCCUGUACAUUGACGUGGGCGCAAGCGUAGGGGCCACCCUUUUGUUUGGUCCCCUCCUGUACCUCGGUUCUUACGCCGUUGGCCACGAGGCGCCGGCACCAGUUGAGCUGUCGAGGCCAGCGCAGGCCCAGGGCUGCAACAACUCCAAUUCGAUACAAUGCCAUCUCUCUCUCAAACUCUUUCUCUCUCUCUCUCUCACUCUCUCUCUCUCUCUCAAACUCUUUCUCUCUCUCUCUCUCUCUCUCUCUCUCUCUCUCUCUCUCUCUCUCUCUCUCUCUCUCUCUCUCUCUCUCUCUCACAUUCAAUUUUCCUUUGUGUCUCUGCUCUUUUUAAAUUUUCUCUCUUACCAAUCUCUCUCUCUCUCUCUCUCUCUCUGA